AUGUUCCGAUUGUCCGACUUACGAAAUCAUAUCAGCGAAAGCAGUUGCUGGAUCGCCAUCCAUGGACAUGUUUAUGAUAUCACAAAGUUCCUAGGCAGUCAUCCAGGCGGGAAAGCGAUCAUCCUCCAACACGCGGGAAUUGACGCCACUGCUGCCUUUGGGGAUGUACAUGCUGCGGAGCUGCUGGAUGAAUAUCCCGACUCCGUUCAACGCCUCGGUCGACUGGGAUCCAGCUCUCGGGGCGGUAAAGAAGCAAAAGCCGUUAAAACUCCCGAUAUGGCGACAAUAUUGAGUGUAGCGGAGCUAGAGAGCCUAGCUCAUGAGCGUCUCAGUCCCAAAGCACUCGCAUAUUACGCAUCCGGCUCCGAUGAUGAGAUCACAAAAACCGCGAAUGGAAACAUUUUCAAGUCUAUCUUGUUCAGACCUCGGAUAUUCGUGGAUUGUUCCUCCUGUUCCUUGUCAGUAACAAUCAUGGGCAACCAAGUGGGACUGCCAAUCUUUAUUUCUCCAGCGGCGAUGGCGAAGCUGGCACACCCAUCCGGCGAAGCUGGCAUCGCGUCUGCAUGCUCCAGAUUCAAUGCGCUUCAGAUAAUUAGCAAAAAUGCAUCCAUGUCAGUGGCAGACAUCGUGCGAGCAGGUCCAGAUGCAGUAUUUGCCUGGCAGCUUUACGUGCUGAAAGAUAUGAACGUCACAGAGCGAAUUUUGGCCCAGGUCAGCAAGAUCCCACAGAUCAAGUUUAUCGUUUUAACACUCGACGCUCCGUUUCCCGGAAAGCGCGAGGCGGAUGAGCGUUACAAAGCAGCGGUAGUGGCAGCUGGAGCUCCUCCGCAGGUUUGGGGGACCAAUGCCACCCUCACUUGGAAAAAGACAUUGAACUGGCUAUGCGGGCACACUCGACUGCCUAUUGUUCUGAAGGGCGUGCAGACGCACGAAGAUGCAUAUCUAGCAACACAGUUUCCUGCCGUUAAGGGCAUCAUUCUGUCCAACCACGGCGGACGUGCGCUUGACUCGGCCAACACGCCUAUGCAGGUUUUGUUGGAGAUACAAAAAUUCUGUCCUCAGGUCCUGAACCAGCUCGAAGUCUUCAUUGAUGAUGGCAUCAAGAGAGGCACAGAUGUAGUCAAGGCUCUUGCUAUGGGAGCUAAGGCGGUCGGACUUGGUCGAGCAGCGCUUUACGGGCUGGCAGUUGGCGGAGAGGAGGGUGUACACAAAGCCCUACAGAUUCUUGCUGAUGAGACCACAACCGCUAUGAGACUCCUGGGCGUGAGUAACGUGAGUGAUUUGGGACCACAUCAUGUAAACACCGCUGCGUUGAACUCCCUCCUCUAUGAUGGCCCUUCCAAAUUCGAAACGAUCGAAGAGGGAACCAGAGCAAGAUUAUAG